AUGGCCACGCCGCCCCCGGCCGCCCUCGCCCCGCCCGGCCCCGCCGCCCGCCGCCCCGGCCGCCCUCGCCUCGCUUCGCCUCGGCCCCGGCCGUGCUCGCCUCGCCCCGCCCCGCUCCCGACCCGCGCCGCCCUCGCCCCGCCCCGGCCAUGGCUGCGCCGCCUCGCCCGCCUCGCUCCGGCCAGCCCCGCCCCGCUCCGGCCGUGCUCGCGCCGCCCUCGGCCGCCCUCGCCUCGGCCCCGGCGGCGCUCGCCCAGCCCCGCCCCGGCUGCAGGGUCUGUUAGACCUGCUCUUAUGUGGCCAACUUCUGCGCUCGAGAUUGUCUGCAGUGAGGCAUCGCCUAUGGACAACCAGCCACAUGAAGAACUUGCACUUCAUGGGGGCCACUAG